GGUUUGAAUAUGUUCUUGUAUAUAUUUGUGGCGGUUUCGUGGUUAACUGCAUUCCUUCUUAGUAUGAAGCGAUUACGAAAAACGGCAAAGAUUUACUUCGUGAUUCUUCUCCUUAUAAUCAUCAAUCUAAUUAUCUUUUUCUUUGUGGCCGUGGAGUUAGAAGGAUGGGCCGARGGUUUGUCCAUGUUAUUUACAGUCAAAAAUCUUGAUCCAUUAAAAGACAUCAAUGUGUGGAUGCAAGCGGCUGGACAGAUCUUCUUCUCUUUGAGUAUUGGUUGGGGCGGACUCAUAGUCUUCGCGAGUGGGAGUAAAUGGAACAAUAACUUCUGCUCAGACGCCCUCUUCGUCUCGAUAUCAAACUCUGUGACGUCAGUAUGGGCUAGCAUUAUCAUGUUUUCUUUCUUUGGAUUUCGAAUGAAAUACCAAGUCAAAUCAUGUGAGCGUUUGAUGGACAGCAACAGCACAAAGGAYAUCGGAGAGUUUAUGAUGAAGGUUAAUAUAGAAGGAAGUCCWACACCAUUAGGACUGAUGAGCGGUUCUAGAAACUGCAGUAAAGAGUUCUUCUUCGAGCAGAUUCCUGGAGGGAUGUCCAUGGCAUUUAUUGGCAUGACACAAGCAUUUGGAGAGAUGGAGUUCCCAAGUGCCUAUGCAUGUCUCUUUUUUAUUCUUCUAUUUCUCCUUGGAAUCACUACCCUGCCCGUGAUGAUCCAAAUGCUCGUCAAUUCUUUCUUUGAAUGGAAACUUGUCCCACAGAGAGUMGGACGGGAAAUUGUUGCAGGUAUCAUUUGUCUUGUGCUGUGUAUUAUCAACCUUGUGAAUGUUCAGCCUACUGGUUUAUACAUACUAGAGCUGAUAGAUAACUCGAGUGGGUUUCCGUUGCUUGUACUUGGAUUCUUUGAAUGCAUUGGUGUUUGCUACAUCUAUGGCAUCGACAAGUUUUCUAAAGACAUGUUUGUGAUGACAGGACAGAAACUAAACUGGAAAUGGAAAUUCUGUUGGAUGUUUGUAUCACCGCUGAUCAUAUUAGGGAUCAUUAUUGGGUCUAUCGUCAAAAUGGUACAGCAAGGUGAAGUCACAUAUCAGGCCUGGAGCCGAGACAAGGUAAGUUAUAUUGGCCCUAGAAAUAAAUCUCAAAAAUAAUGUUCUUCGCGGUUCCCURCGGCGUCUUGAGCUGUAACCGUGGCCUUGCAUCGAAUCGAGACAACCGUUGAGCGUGCGAUGAUAAUGCUGUGAAUCUAAUAGUAUWGGUGUGAGAGAAGGUUUCUAUUAUUGCCCCGCUCAUUGYAUCUCGCUUCGAUGCAAUGGCGUGGUGACCUUUCAAGAUCAAGAUGGCACAGGGAUGCGUGGCGGAGACGAUUGCAUGUUUCAGCAUUGGGCUUCCUUUACCAAACCAAGUUCCACAGWCAAUGUYAACCAAUGUCAUACAUUAAAAUGAUGAAGAGAGAUGUGCUCUMCUAUCAGUGUAAAAGACCACACAAUACAUAUCUUUUUAAAAUAAGGAAACUAAGCUUUGAAUGAUAACCAUGACCUUUUGUUUUUUCAAGGGUCGYCUCAUCACACUACCCUACCCCCCAUGGGCRUCCUUUYUGUACUUCUUCCUCACACUGGUACCAGUAGCGUGUCUGGCAUAUCCUCUACUCAAAGCCUUCUUCCAAAAAUUACUCAAAUCAAAUAUAUCUCAAGGAACAUUGUUGCCAUGUGGACUAUGCAAAGCGAUAACUGAARCAUGUCGAGAGAAACUUGGAGAGAGAUCUGGGACCUACGAUCUUACGUCACCAAAUAAYCUUGUUGGAGUCGAUAACAAUGCUUUUGAAAUGAACGGUGUCCAUAGAGACGACUUCUUUCAAAGCGAGGCAACUAGUACCACAAACGCUAAUGAUGGCACGCCAUAUUCACGUGACUCUAGUUUCCAUAGUGACCACAGCAGAGAAAUAGGCAAUGGUUUUUCAUAGGGAUAGAUGUGAGAUUUGUAUAUAUGUAUAGACCCCUUGCAGUUCAUGGGAAUGCAGCUGCAACUGGAGGACAAAACAAUGGAUUCUAGUUCCCAAGAGGAUAAAAAUCUUUUGUUUUGUCCUCCAGAUGAAGCUGCUUUGACGUCACAUGCAAGUGGUCUAUUUCAUUGCAAGAGCUGUUAUUUUGAAACUACUUUUAAAGUUAAUGACACGGUCGCAAGCAACAAAAAACGAAUAUUCGUCGUGUGUUUGGAAUAAAGGAACAGGAUUUUGCAAUGAAGACAAAAAUUGAGUCUAAAACGUUGAAAUAGACAUAUGAUUGACAAGGUUUUUUUUAAAAAAAACUGUAUAUACUUAAAACCGUUAUGAAUUACAAAUUUUUUUUUAAAAAAAAGAAAACAAAUUUUAGAUCUAUAACAAUAGGCUAUCAGCUAUCUGUAAUUAGUGCAAAAUUCGCUGAAUUUAAAUACAGCUACUUUUCGAGAAAUUAUUUUGCUUUCGAUCCCAGACUCUUUUCAGAUAAAAAAGGGAGAAAGACCGUGGAUCCAGGGUCAGUCAGUCAUCAUAUGUCGGAAGUCAAGUAACGUUUCUGCUCAUCCCUUCCAUUCACUAUUGUCUCUAUUUAUUCUUCCAAUGAUCAUUGUUCCACUUUUCUUGGUGGGGGAAGGAGGAGGGACGGGUAUAGAGAGAUACGGAGACUAAUUUAUGAAARAGAAAGGUGUGUCCGGAGUCUUCUCACAUUUGCAGGACUAUUGCUGGGAUGCCUGUUCAAAAACACACAGGUAACCCGGGGUAAAGUUUGCCUUGAAAAUAUAUGCCGGAGAAUCAGUGAAAUAUAAAUUAGUUUUUUUUUUGCCAUGAAACAUUCAUGUCGUCUUGUUAUUGUUUACAAUCGUGGAAAGCAAUCAACCAAAGGUACAGUUUCCAAAUUUAUCAGCUUGCUUAGUAUUCUGUGCACGUACGCAGUUAGUAAAAUUGAUUAAUUGUUUAUUAUGAGUAAACAGGACACAUAUUAAAACCAUUUUAUUU